AUGGGUGUCUGGGACGUCAUCAACGACCUUGUCGAGGCCGCCACGCCAUGGAGCACGGCCGAGGCUGAGGCCCCCCCCGCUGAAGAUAAGGAAACCACUGAGAGCCAAGACGAUUCUAAGGAUAAGGCUGAGGAAGAGGCAGAGGAGCCGGAGGAGGAGGAAGAGGAAGAGGAGGAGCUUGAGGAUCCUAAGGAUAAGUUUGAGGAAGAGUGCCGAAACUCUAAGCAAUGCGCCCCUGCGAAACAUCAUUUCGAUGAAUGCGUCGAACGGGUCACGAACGCUUCUGAUGACGAUGGCGAGAGUGAGGAUUGUGUUGAGGAAUGUGAGUAUCCGCCGUCCGAUUUUGGCCCAAACCGUGGUUCCGGCAGCAUUCGUAGCAUAUUUCAUUGA